AUGCCUACUCCACAUUUAUCAAGAGCAACAUCAGGACCGUCUUCUGGCUAUGCCGUAGGUGAUGAGAUUUGUGAUACUUCAUGUCCAAUUGAUUGGGAUACAAAUGUAGUAAAUUUUAUAUCAACUUGCUUGCAUCCUGGUCUAGUUCGACGAACUUCAUCUAGUGCAACGUAUGGCUUUGAUAAGCCAAAUCAUUUUAGACGUCAGCAUCGCCGAAAUCUAUCUACAGCUACAACAGUUGGAUUCGGUCGUUAUCCUGAUAAUCAAAUUACAAGUGGUCGAGUUCCAUAUGCUAAUGUUUUCAAUCAUCCAAAUGAUUAUCAAGCCCCUCCACCAUAUUAUUCGAAACGUAUUUUAGGUCAUGCUCGCAAUAUCAGCGAUCCUACAUCUGGUUGGGAUUUCCGUAUUGUCACAAAACCUCUUAUUCUUGACCAGUUAACUGAAAGACCAUCUUAUAAUUGGGAUGGUUCUGCCGAACAAAAUCUUGUGGUGUCAGGUGAAUAUAAGAUUCCGGAUACUUCAUUCAUUCCUGAAAAUAAACCCGAAGCUCAUCCUUGUCUAACACCUCCACGUUCAUCUAAUGAUAUUACAUUAGAAAAUUCGUUUAUAUGUACGCGUGAUGCAGAAACUCAUGAGACAACUACAACUGCAAAAGAUGAUGAUACUUCUUGUUUAUGCCCUUGUCUACAAACCUGUGCUAAUCCACGUGUUGUAUUAAUCGGAUUAUGUUUAACCAUGUUUAUGCAAACUAUGGUUGUAUCUGGUCUGAUGAGUAGUAUGUUUACUACAUUGGAAAGAAGAUUUAAUUUAACUAGUCGACAAAUUGGCUCUAUGAUAAGUUGUUAUGAAGUAGCCGGUGUCAUAACCACAGUGAUUGUUAGCUUUAUUAGCGGUCAGAAACAUAAUCGAUUACGUGUUAUUGGUUUGGCGACAUUGAUCCUGGCUCUUGGAUUUGGAUUAUUUGCAUUGCCUCACUUUUUAGCUGGUCCCUACAGACCGAACUUACCAACUACUCCUGAUGGUAAUACUGGUACUAGUAUUAGUACUGAAGAUAUCAUCCAUUCCUCUCUGUCGUCUUUUCCUCUUAAUCAAGACUUAGAAAAUGCAAUUCAGUUGGAUGGACCACUAUGUGUCGAUCAAUCGCGCAAUGCCUUUCCUAAGAAUGUUAUUUCCAAUUCACUUAAUAAUCAAACUAGUGUCGGUGACACAAUUAUUCGUGCUGCCCCACUCACUGCUGCUGAUAAUUUUAAUAAUAAUAAUGAUAUUAAUGAAUCAUCAACCGGGAUCGGGGCUAGUCCUUUGUAUGUCUUAGCUCCAACUUACUUAUGGGAUAACUUAACAGAUAGACAAUAUCCAAUAUAUGCAGCUUUAUUCUACAGCGCUGGUGGAUUAGGUCCUGCUUGUGGAUUUCUUGCUGGUGCUGGUUUCUUAAGUAUUUACAUUGAUUCACCAUUUAUGUUGCCUGAAACUGGCUUAGACCGUAAUAGUCCAUUGUGGCUUGGUGCUUGGUGGCUUGGUAUGCUUGUCUGCGCUGCAUUAACUUUCUUUGUAGCAUUACCUGUGAUAUGUUUUCCUAAACAACUUGCAGUUAUUAAAAAAAGUGAUAGCAAUACAAUUCCAAACGAUGAAACCGAAGAUCUGGAUAAAAUCUGUUCCCUACAAUCCAAUCUAAUAAUCAUAAUAUUUCCAAUCUUAAUACAAAUAACAAUAAAUCGCAAUGUUCAGUAUCCAAGUCUAGAAGAAUUUAAACAACAGCAGCGAUUGCCUGAAAUGAAGCGAAAUCAUGUUGAUUCACUUAAGACAUCUCCAUAUUCUCCCACUACCAUUACUCCUAAUUCUCUUUAUGCACAGUCUCCAUCUAUCAAGGAUGCUGUAAUUAGUGGUGAUGGGACAAUUGUUAGCCCUUCAAAUCAACACUUUCGUUCACAUUCAAAUAUUGGCGGUGGUCAUCUCGACUCUCUUGACGGUAAUACUGUCGAAGUUGUUAAUAAUGGUAUUGCUGGUUGUGGAGAUCAAUCUGACAAUUUGGGAAAAUUCAUGAAAACAUCCUUGAAUAAUUCAUUUAGUGAAAACCAAGCUAAUCUUAAGUCAAAAAUAAAAGCUUCAUAUCAUAUCGUACGUCGUGUACUAACUAAUCCUGUCUGGUUAGGUGUAACAUUGAGUACUGUUGUGGAACAAUCGAUUGUUGCUGCGUUUUUAGCAUUUGCUGCAAAAUACAUUCAAAUUUUAUUUCAUAUACCAGCUUAUUUGGCUAGUAUUCAUACUGGUGCUGUGAUAGUUCCAAGUUCAUUAUUAGGCGUUCUGUCUGGUGCUUUACUAAUGCGUCAUUUUCGACCUACAUUACAUCGUACCUUAUCUGGUUUAUGUAUUAUGAUUUCAUUGACUGUUAUAACGAGUAUUAGUCUAAUGUCAAUUGGUUGUCAAUCUAGUCGAGUAGCAGGUAUAACAGCUACAUAUAACGGAGAAAAUUGGCCUUGGAAAAAUGGUCCAGGUUUUUUAAUACCAUCAAAUUUAACAGCACCAUGUAAUCAAUUUUGUUAUUCAUCUAAUAAUCGAAUAAAAAAGUUUGAUAAUCGUCAUUAUACACAUUACGUUGAAUCACAAUGUUCAGUAAAUCAUUAUAAUCCUGUGUGUUGGACCGCUACCUCUUCUUCUUCUUCUACUACUACUAAUAGUGAUAGUAGUAUCAAAAAGAAGACAAAUAAUCAAAUAGCUUGUACUAGUAGUGAUAUUAUUAAUGGUGAUAAUAAUCUUGGUAGUCCAAAUGACAAUAUUGAUGACUGUGAUAGGAAAUCAUUGACAUUUUUCAAUCCUUGUUUUGCUGGAUGCAGAACACGUGUUUUAGAAGCUGGAGUUGUAAAGAAAUAUUCUGAUUGUCAAUGUGUAACCCCAUCUUCACUUAAUCCAUCUGGUUUGAUCUCAUCAAUACCAAUGUCAUUAUCAUCGUCGAUGAGAAUAAAUAAUGAAUUCUUAUUAGCAAAUAAUUCUGGUGAAGUUUAUCCUGGUCGAUGUAAACCUAAGUGUACUUUGUAUGGUUUAUUUCUAGCUAUGUUAUUCUUACAUAUUCUUUGUACUGGUAUGUUACAAAAUCCAAGUAAUGUAAUCACAUUGAGUUGUGUCUCAUCAGAAGAUAGUUCUGUUGCACUUGGAUUACAGAUAUUCUUUGUCAGAACAUUAGCAUAUAUUCCGGCACCGAUGUAUUUCGGCCAACUAUUCGAUUUAGCUUGUCAAUAUCGUUCAAAUCCUGCAGAUCACUAUUCAUCCAGUCCAAUAAAUAAUAAUGAAUCGUUAUUAAUGAAUACAAAUAUAUUAUCAUCAUUAUCAAAUUCAUCCAUAUUCUCAUCGUCUUCGUCUUUCUCACCAUCAUCAUCUCCACUGUCAUCAAUCUACUCGUCGUCUUCUGCAACCACUGCUACUACAAUGUCUUUAGAUCAAAAGUAUUCUACAACAGCUGGUGGAUGUUUAGAAUAUAAUUUAGAAGGUUUACCAUUUAUUUGGCUUGGUACUGUAUGUGUAUUAAAAAUAAUUAGUUUGAUUGGAUCCACAAUUACUUGGUGGUUAGCUAAACGUCAAUUCGAUUUGAUGACAAAACACAAAGAAAAACAACAAACUAUCGAAGGUGAAGAAACAAAGAAGGAAAUGGAACUUGCAUUACAUCAGACAAUUACCUCUAAUCCAACUAACAUUAAUAAUAAUACUAAUAAUAAUAAUAAUAAUAAUAAUAAUAAUAAUAAUAAUAAUAAUAAUGCAUUUGAAUUGAUCGAUUCAACGUCGAAUGGUCAUCAAAUACAAAUUGUAUAAUUAAAUAAUAAUCAUCAUCGUCAUCAAGGUCCAGUAUGAUCUCACAUGUAUGUGUCUUUGUAUGUUUUUUUUUUGUUUUAAAAAAAAGAAAAAAAAAUUUUACUCAACCUUUUACUUGCUUGUGGUUUGUCUCUUUUCCGGGUUUCAUUUACUUCACUUUUCUCCCUACAUUAUGUCAUGGUAUAUGAAUGUAGUGGGAUUUCUUAAGAGAACUAAUAAAGAUUUUCACUAACUUUGAAGAAGAAGAAAAAAGAACAUACAAACUUUUCUCUCCAUGUACAUAAUUCACUUGUAAAACUUCUUGGAUUUCCUCUCUCUCUCUCUUUUGAAUCGUGGAACAAUGGUGGCUCACUGGUUAUUUUUAAUACAUUCAACUUUCAUUCACUAAGUCACACCUCCAUACUACUUAAUUUCAUCUAAACAACUGAGGAGUAGUAGUAGUAGUGUUAUUAACCUUCUUUUCCUAGUUACCUUAUAACUUAUUAUAAUCUCAUGUAAAGUAUAUUAUGAAUGAAUUUGAAACUUUGAAUUUUCAUAUUUAUAGAAUAAGCACUAAAACAUUGAUUAUGUUUGUUUAUCAUCUAUACUAUCUCUUGUGUUAUCUAGAUUUGAUUCAUUAAAAAAAGGAAAGUCUUAUCAUUUGUUAUUGUAUAAUAGUUCCUCAGUUAUUUUCUUUGUCUUCUUUACAAUCACCAUUAUGAAUUGUGGUUGUUAAGAUGAGGUAGGUAGGUGGGUGGGUGGUUGCUUGGUUAUUUACUGAUGUAUUUUUUUGUCACUUUAAAUGUUGUCAUUACUGCAUUUUUCUUUUCGUUUAAUGUUCACUAUGUAGUUAGUUCUACAAAGUGAAUUCAUCCACUUUACUCGAUAACAUUGAAUUAUCUUGUGUAGUUUCUUUUCAUUUAAAUGUACUACAUGUUGCUAUGACCUUUUAAAGUGUGUAUACAUGUGUGCUCAUUGAAAUUUCUAAUAGCCGGUGAUAAUAAUUGUUGUCUACAAUAUUAGGCAUAUUUCCUUUUUGUAUUAUGUGUGUGUUUUCUCAUAUUUCUAUAUGAAUUUCUUCUUGUAUAGUCUCUCUGUAUGCUUAUUUGCGAAGCGAAUACAUGUGUUCUUUCUUAACAAUAAUAAUGAUUAUAGAUUACUCACAUCAUUUA